AUGCAGCCUCAGCAACCUGGGUAUAACAGUUCGCGAGUUUACCUUGAUCUUCUUGCCGAUCUGCCCUGGCAGAAGCUUAAACCAGAUGCAAGGGGUCCAGUGCUGUGCUUUGUUGGGCCACCAGGUGUCGGGAAAACAUCAUUGGCAUCUUCUAUUGCUGCUGCUUUGGGAAGAAAGUUUAUCUGCAUAUCCCCUGGUGGAGUCAAGGAUGAGGCCGAUAUUAGAGGACAUAGAAGAACAUAUGUUGGAAGCAUGCCUGGACGGCUUAUAGAUGGAUUAAAGACUUGGGUUAGUUCAAUUGAGGCUGCUCAACAAUAAAUAUCAUAAUUUCCAGGAAGUUUGGAUUACCGUGUUACGGAGGAAAUUUUGAUGGAUCGCGUAGCUACCAAUAUGCAUGAAGCAUGCCUGCAGAUUGACAAAGAAUGCAGGUUAGUGUAAAAGUUGUUUGGUCUCUCCUGCUGCAGCCUUUUGUUUCUAGUUCCAUUUCUUUAUUCAUCAAGUUAUUGAACAUGAGUGUGGAUGUUAGAGUUUCACAAAAGUAUUUGUAAAACUGAAGCAAUCAAAAUCAUGAUACCUCUCUUUUAUUCAUCAGGUUCUUUAGGAAGUGUAUUGUGAUUUUGUUAGUUUUAUAUGUGUAAUUACUUAUUGAUUAAUCAAAAGCAUGAUAUUCAUCGGGUUUGUGAUUUUGUAAAACUAAAAAUAUUUGCAGUAUCAUGUUCUUGAUUUUUAAUUUAGGAUUGGAUGUAUCAGUUCUUGAUUAUUGUAUGUUGUGAAGUUAUGUUUUGGAUGCUGGCCUGUGGGUUGGAUUUUAAAAAACAAA